AUGUUAAAUUCUUAAACUUAAUCACAAUCAGCAAUGUCAAUAUUGGGUUAUGUACCUGCUUUAAUAGUUUAACAUUUAUUGAAUUUGAAGAUGAAUAAGCUACCAAGAAGUUUACCAGAGAAAUAAAAUAUAAAAAGUGUAGUGAUGUUUGCAGAUAUAUCAGGUUUUACAAAAUUAACAGAGAAAUUAAGUUAAUUAGGGACGGAAGGAGCUGAGAGAAUAGCAUUUGCAAUAAAUCGAUAUAUGGAAUUAUUAGUUUAGGGGAUAGGAAGAAGUGGAGGAGAUAUUUUCAAAUUUGCAGGGGGUAAUAAUGCAAAUAAGCUCAGAUGCAAUGAUAGUGAUUUGGCCUCCACCACCAGAGGGAAAUAACUUUAUUCAAUAGAUAGAGACAUUAUUAAAAUAAGCAAUUCAAUCUGCUUUGCUAAUAUAAGAGAAGCUGACCAAGACUACGAUUGAAUAAGGAAUUCAAUUAAGUGUGAAAAUAGGUAUAGAUUUUGAAUUAUAUAUUAGGAUUUGGUGUUGGUGAAAUGAGUAUAAUACAUGUAGGUGGAGUAUUUAAUAGAAUAGAAUAUUUAGCAACUGGUGAUCCUUUAUUACAAGCCUUUGCUUCAGAACAUUGUUUAACUGAGGGUGGAAAGAUCAUAAUCUCAUCUUAAGUUUAUAAUUUGGUAAAUAACUUCUUUGAGUGCAAAGCAGUAGAAAAUCAUGAAAAUCAUUAUGAAGUGAUUCAAAUAAAAAGUACAUAAGCAAAAGUGAAAAUGAAAGCAGAUGCAUUAUUAAUAAAAAAUAAUAUAACAAUAGCUAAAUUUUAAGCAAUAAGAAAUGAGAUUUAAUCAUAUAUUCCAGCAGCAUUAUUACCUUAUAUAGAAAUAAAUGAAGAACCAUGGAGUGCAGAAUUAAGAAGAUUAUCAGUAAUGUUUGUAAAUUUGGGAAUAGAUUUAAAUGAUGCAAAAUCCGAAAAAGGAUUAUAAUAAAUAUAAAGAGUUAUAAUGACAGUUUAGAAAUGUAUUUAUAUGCAUGAAGGCUCAUUAAAUAAAUUAUUAAUGGAUGAUAAGGGUUCAACAUUAAUUAUUGUAUUUGGAUUACCUCCAUUAUCACAUUAAAAUGAUGCAGUAAGAUCUAUAUAAACAGCAUAAUUAAUGACAAUAGAAUUACCUAAAAUUAAUUGUGGUUGUGCUAUUGGUAUAGUAACAGGUACUGUAUUUGCUGGAGUUGUUGGGACUAGUGGUUCAAGAAGAGAAUAUUCAGUAUUAGGAGAUUCUGUUAACUUAGCAGCUAGAUUAAUGUAAGCAGCAUGUGAAGAAAAAGAAAAUAAAAUUCUUGUUUGUUCUGAAACUGCUAAAAGUGCUGAAAAUUGUCUUAGUUUUCAAUUUCUAAGAUCAUCAAUUGUUAAAGGUAAAAAUUAACCUGUUGAAAUUUAUAUUCCUUUAUUAAAUUCUUAACCAAGUACACCUACUAACUUUUUUCCUUAAUUGAGAACUCAUAAUUAUGCUUUUGGAUUUAAAAGAAAAACUGAAUUUGUCAAUCAAUAUAUCUAUGGCAGAGAUGAACCAUAUAAAAAAAUACUUAAUCAAGUUGAUAAAAUUAUGAGAGGCAUUGAUAAAAAAGGUAUUAUAUCAUUUAUUUCAAUUUUAGGUUUAUUUAUUAUUAAAGGUUCUUAUGGAGUAGGUAAAACUAUUCUUGUCAAAAAAGUACUUCAUAGAAUUUAAGAGAAAUUAAAUAGUAAUUAAUAUAAUUCCUGGAAAUAUGGAGAAUUACCCUAAAUUUUAACUUCACAAUUAAAUCCAGUAACUAGAGCGUAUAAACUUAAUGGUAUAGAAUUUUAUAUGAUUAGUGAGGACUACGUUAGAUUCUCAAAUAAAUUUUUAUUCUCUUCUCUAAAAGAUUAGAAAGACAACCUGAUUUAUCAUUAUUUCAAUUGAUGGUUGAUGAAUCAUUAUAUUCUCAAAAUACUGUUAAUCUAAUUAAAGAAAUAUUAGAUUUAAAAUGCAUUUCUAGAAUAGAUAAUUUCCCACCUAAAGGAAACGAUGAAGAGAAUCAAUAAGAAUUAAAAAAAAUUGUAAUUUUUUAUAUUCAUUUUUAAAGACUUUGUAAUUCUUAAGUAAUUUCUUUGAAUAAAUCCCAGAAAAAUAUUAAAAUCUUUAUGUUGGUAGAUCUCCAGAAGAAUUAGGAUGGGAUGUCAAAUCAUCUAAUGUAAGAUAAGUCAUCAAAUAUUCUAUAAAAUAUAGUAAUAUCUUAUGUCCUGUAAUACUUUGUUUAGAUGAUAUGCAAAACUAUGAUAAUCUCACUUUCAAAAUAAUUAGUUUGAUGAUUAAAACCUAUGAUAGAAUAUCCAUUUUAGGAUUAUAUCGUGAUAAUUUUCAUGAAAUGACACUUCAAGUCAAAACAGCUGAAAAAAAGAAAACACAAGAAGAAAUUGCUGUCGAUGGAAUAAGUAAAUUAGAAGAUGCUAUUGACUAAAACUUUUAUAGUAUUAUUCAAUUGAAAGGAAUUGAAAGAAAAGGAAAAGAUGAUGAAUUUGCUAAAAUGAUUAGAUUUUCAUUUAACAUAUCUAAAUUCGAUAUCGAGAAUGUUAAACCUUCAUAAGAAGAAGUAAGAAAAAGAGAUGCAUCAAUUAUAAAUGAUGUUUGUGUACAAGAAACUUUGAAUAAAGAGAUAAAUCAUUAAUUUUUAUUCCCUUAAAAUAAGUAAAGCUUAAUAGAAAAGGAUAUCGAGUUAUUACUGUUAUCAUAUAUAUAUUUAAAAACAUAGGGUGUACCUUUAAUGGUGUUAAAUUUAGUUUAGAAUUUAAUAGAUUAAGGAUAUAUAAAGAUUGGGAAUAAGAGUGCAAUAAUAACAAAGGAACUAAUAAAUAUAAUAAAUUAUGAGGAGAGUAUUAUAAUAGAUGCUCCAUGUGAUCGUAUAGCCGUAAAUGGUCCAAUAAUAGAUAAGUAAAUGAUGUUUAGUAGAUUGUAGACUUCCUUGUUUGGAGUAAUUGAUUUUGAAAGUAGCAAGUAUAAUUGGGGAUAUUUUUGACAUUCAAAUGUUGAGUAGGAUAAAUCCAUUUAAAGCAGCAUUAAACAAUCGAUUAUAGAAGAUGAUGGAUGAAUUGGAAUAGAAAGAUUUUAUUGAGAUAAUGGAAGUUUAGGAGCAAAAUAUAUAUUAUAGAUUUACAUGUCCAUACAUGAGAGAUUGUUUAUAUUAAAGAAUAACAUUUAAAUAGAGAAGAUAAUUGCAUAAGGCAGCAGCAGAGGCAAUAUAGUUAUUACCUCUAGCAUUUGAAAUAGAUGAGAGAAUAGAGAGUAAGAAAUUGUAAUUUCAUUGGGUGAUGGCAGAAUAAAAUAAUUAAUUAGUAUAGUAGUAAACCUAGAAUUUUAAGGGUAGACAAUCAAGUGGUUCAGUUAGGAAUUUAGUUUUAAGGGCAACAUUAGGAUUAGGAGGACAGAAACAGUUGAAAUAAGAAGGAAAUACAAAUACUCAAGUAGUUGCAUAAGUAAAUUAAUAUAAAUUCGAUAAUCUAUCAUCAAAGGCAAUGAGAUCAAUUAUAUUAAAAUAGAUAUCAAAUAAAUUAACAAAGAAUAAUAAUAAUAUAAAUACAAUUUUGAAGGAGGGUAUAUUGGAGAAGAAAUCAAAGUAGAAUGUUUCAUGGGCAUCUCGUUAUUGGGUAUUGGAUGGAAAAGAGAUGAGAUGUUAUUAUAGUAAAUAGGAUAUUUAGAAGAAAGAAUUACCAUUAUGUACUAUUCCAUUAAAAGGUAUAUAUUCAGUAAUUCCAUUGGAUCUAAAUGAAAAGAGUGAAACUAAUUUUCCACUUUCUAUUAGUUCUACUUUAUGGUAUAAGAAAAAUAAAGAAAUGGGAGAAAGAAGGUUCUUAUUAAAUAGUAGAAAUGUUGAGGAUUUGGAGAUGUGGAUAAUAUAUUUAGAAUUUGCAAAGGCAAAAGCAAUAUAUGAUGAUUUUACUAAUAAUUAUGGUAAAAUUAGUUUUCCUUUGGGUAAUAAUAAUGAUUAUUAUGAUCCAGAGUUUAAAUACGAUGUUAAUAUUGAAGUAUAAAUAUUUUAUAAUUAUUUAUAGAAAUAGAAAUUAUCUUUAGGAUUAUAAUAUGAUAAGAAAAGUUCAUAGGCAAAGUUGAGCAAGAAUUCAGUAUUAUCCAGAAAUUCAAGAGCUUCUCGAAUGACUAUAGCUACGAAGUAAUUUAAAUUUAUGGAGAAAGCAUCUUAGGAAGAAAAUAUGCUUCAAAAUUCUUAGAUAAUUGAUAGUUAAUUAUUAAAAGAUAGAAUCAAUAGUUUUUUGUAAAAGAGGUAUAUAAUUUGUUUUGAUUUGAAGCAUGCUCUUAUUAUUUUCUCAUCUAUUUGAUAUGUCUUUGUAAAAAUAGGAUGAUUAUAAUAUAUUAGGUCAACCAAAUAUGGUAAUGAAAAAGAUGACAAAUAUUUUUAAGAUUGAUAAACAAUUGACUUCAGAGAAUAAGAAAUAAUCUAAUUCUUUUAUAACAAAUUAAUCAUAAUCAAUAUCUAUAAGUAAUUCGACUGAUUAAAAUUCUAAUCCUAUAUAAUAAUAGGUUUAGUAAUAAUAAUAACGUAAGGCCAUUACUUUAGAUGGCAAUCCAUUAGUUGCUAAGAAAAUGGAUACUAGUUUAGAUUAGGAAUCAGAUAAUAGUAGUAAUGAAGUUGAAUAAGACGGACUAUUAUAAACAAGAACUUUAUAAUAAAUUAUAGAAGAAGAAUAUGAUAAUGAAAUGAGUGGUAUAAUCAUUUAAUUUAUUAUUUUAGAAAGUACAAACUAAUAAUAAUUAUAAUAAUUUAAACAAUAAAGAAAUUUAAAAUAUCAGGAUGAAAAUAGAAUGAAAUCAAGUUCGAAAAUUUAGUAAGAUGAUAUUAAACGCUCUGAUAGUCAGGACAGCUUAGAAUAAAAUAUUACAAUUUCUAGAAGACAAACUUAAAAAUAGGAAUAAGUUGUUAAACAAAUGAAUUAUUUUAAAUUACAAACUUAAGAAAUGAGAAACAUAACUGAAUUUAAAUUGGAUAUGGCUAUUUAAGUUGAUUUGGAUUAAGUUAAUAAUACUAUAAGUAAAUCUAUAAGUAAAUCAUCUAUUGAUCCAAAGUCUGAAUUUUCAUAUUAACAAAAUGAUAAUUAAGAAUUCUUGAAAUUAUUUGAAAAUAGCACUAAUUAAGGAUAGUCAUAAUAAAAUAAUCAAUUCAGUAAUAAAAUUUUAGAUGAUAACAAAAGAGACACAAUUUAAACACAUAUAUCUUCUUCAAAUUUUUUAUCUACUUAAUAUCCGUUUUUACAUCAUCGAUCUACUCUUCUAUCUUCCAAUACGAAUUAAAAAUAAAGAUAACCACCAUAAUAUGCGAGUAGAUAGAGUCAGAUAUCUCAAAAAACUAUUACAAAUUCUAUUUUAUCACAAUAAUAUUAAUACGGAACAGCAUUAAAUACAUGUAAAUCAUUAAGUGGAGAUAUAUUUAUUCUAAGACCAGGAUAUAGAGUGGUUGUUACUAGAAUAGAUCAAUAAAAGAAGUUGAUAUAUUGUAACUAUUAGAAUAUGCAAGGUUUAUUUUAUUUGAGAGAUAUAGCUGUUAUUGAAGGUAUAUAUGAUAAUCAAUUUAAAUAUAGAUAAUUAGCAAGAUUACUAAACUUAAAUUAAAUCUAGAACACCUACUAUGUUUGAAGUCAAAUAUAAGGAAUUAUUAAAUGAUAGAUUCAAUACAAGAAGCAAGUCUCCCAAUUAUCGUUAAGCUUAAUCUAAGACUCCUCCUAAAAAACCAUUCAUGAGAUUUUGA